AUGUCUUUCUUAUCCAAAGUUGGUGAAAGAUUCAAGUUUGAUAUCAAAAGACUUCCUAAGUCAUUAAUGACUAGAUAUGAAAAGAAAUAUCGUCAAGGUCAACCACAUUUUAUGAGAAGUCCUUUUAAAUUAGAUCUUCAAGAAGAUAAUUCAGUUCCAAAAGAAUUUGAAAAAUUAAAAUAUUUAAUUGGUGAUAGAGUCAUGAUUAUUAAAGGUCCAAAACAAGGUAAUAUUUGUAAAGUUUCUCGUCAUGUUGAAGGUAAAGGUUAUAUAUUAGAUGAAAAUGGACCAACAAGUACAGUUGCAGUUCCAAAAGAAUUAUGGCAAGAUGAACAAACUUCUCAUGUGAUUACAUUCCCAAAAGCUGUGCAUCAAGAUAAUUUAAGAUUAAUUGCUGAAAUAGAUGAUGAAAAAACUGGUUUAACUAAAACAGUUGCAGUUGAUAAUUUAAAAUUUAUUGGUAAAUAUUAUGAUGAAGAUUAUAAAAAAGUUUUAAAAUAUAGAUGUGUUGCAGGUCAAGAAGAUUUAGUGAUUCCAUACCCAAGACCAGAACCAAUUGAAGAUGAUGCUUUAAGUACACCAGUUGAUGUUGUUAGAGAACGUACACAUUUCAUUGAAUCAGCAGUUAGAAAUUCAAUUCCUGAAGCUGCUUUACUCACAUUAAGAAACCCAUAUUCUAAACAUAAACGUACUAAAUUAACUAAAUUAGAAGCUAAGAAAUUAACACCACCAAAGAUGCCAUUAUCAGAAACUAAGAAAGCAUACUUGGCUGAAAGAGAAGAAUUGAAGAAAUUACCUAAGUAUAACAUUACUGAUGAAAUGAAGACAUUCUUGGGUGAAAAGAUUAGAGAACAUGAAAAAGUUAAAGCUAAACAAUUGGAAGAAGCUGCUAAGCUAUCGACCAAAAGAUUUUUGUAA